AUGCGUCAUGACGAACGCGAGGGCGGCUGCUUCCUCGCCAUGGUGCUUGUGAUCGUGCUGAGCGUCCUUGUGGCGGACGCCAUGACCGAGCCCGACCAAAUCCUUUUGCAAACGACAGCAAGUACCGCGUCCUGCUUUGCGCUGGUGAUUGCAUCGUCCAGCGACCUGCAGCAAGUUCGUUUCUGCGCCCCGUCGUCGUCGUAUGUUCAGCACCCGUUCACGCUGCUCGCCAAGAAGAAAGCCAACCUUCUCUGGCUGCGCCUCGACCUUCCCUCCAAUGUGUGCUUUGGCUCGCUCACGCUUCUCUCCAAAGUGUUUGGCCCGACGCGCGCCUUCCACCUCGAUAGCGCCAAGGUUCGUGACGUCCUUGCGCCAAGUACUUGGACGAAAUGCAACAUUACGGCCACGGCCGGGGCGGGCAUUGCAUUUGAAGCCAACAUGACCAUCUUGAUCGAUCGCAUGUACCUUAACAAUGGAUCCAUGAACGGCCUCACGAUCCUCCCGACGCCACUCGCGACGCCAAGUCGAUAGUGCUGUGCCAGCGGUAGAACAUAAACCGCUAACGAAUUUGUGUAUCCUCAA